AUGUAUCCAAAUUGGCCCGUUCCGCUCCACUUGACGCUGGUGUGCCUGGUCGUUGUUGUGGGCCAAAUAUUUGCACAGCCGCUGACAAAGAACCGCAGCCCUUUGACCAUCGAAUCAGCGGCUGGCCAGAUGGUUGAGGAAGCGGCUCUGCAGCAGCAUCUCCAACAAAUCACGGGCAGCGAAGCGUUGGCGCCAUUGUUGCUUCAGUUAGUGGGCCAAACUGUGCCAAAUUGGCAGCAGAAACAGCAACAGCAGCCACAGCAACAGCAGCAGCAGCCGCAGCAACCCAAACAGCAGCUACAACAGGCCACAAAUCAGCCGCAACAACAGGGGGAGCAACACUUUUUUGUUUAUGAAAACGCGGCGAGUCAACAACCCCAGAUAUUGGCCGGGUUCAAUGGCGUCAAUGGGCGACCUGAGCUACAGCAGCAGCAGCUCCUGCCAAAGCCCAUUCAGGCGCAACAACAAUAUCCCGCCGAAUCCAGGCCAAAAAUCGUUAAGGCGCCGCCUGCGGCAGCCCUUUGGGCGCCGGCAUUGUCGAACCUACCGCACCCAUCCCCCGCAAAUGCUGCAGCGCCGGCAAGUUGCCAACUCUGCUGCAAUCCAUCGGAACUUGCCACGCCCACGGCCACGCCAUGUCCGCCCUCCAAUGUGGGCUACGAGACGGUACCGCUGUUGAGUGCCACGGCGCUCAAGGCGGCAGUUGGUUAA